AUGCAUUCCUCUCUAAACCGCGCGCAGGCCGUCUUCGGCUUCUUCACCACUGUCGCCCUAGCGGUCGCUGGACUGGCUGCAUUAUCGACCCUCUUGUUCCCAACAGAUAGCACAACAGCCUCCGUAUCAUUGAAGAACGUUAACGUUGUCAAAGGCCGGCCGCAUUAUUACUCCAGCAAACGCGAAGAGUAUGCCCAGAUCCGGUUCGACCUAGACGCAGAUCUGUCCCCGCUAUUUAACUGGAACACAAAGCAACUUUUCGUCUACGUGUACGCGACGUACUCGUCCUCAGACAAUGCAGACUCUCAGCUCCGUGACUCCGAGGCCGUGGUCUGGGAUGUUAUCAUCCCUAACGUGAAGUCUCCGUAUUCCUGGGACAUUCUGAAGGGAAAAGCGGUGGCCUUGCUUCCAGCUUCUAUCACUGGCUCCUCAUCUUCAGGCAAGCGGCCCUCGAAACGCACUAAGUCUAAAACUGUCAAGAAGGAGAAGGCGCCUGAAACGCCUGGUGUUCUGAGAUUGCAUGGCCAGAAGGGUAAAUACCAGAUCAGCGAUAUCACUGGUGUGUUAGCGGGACGUAAAAAUGUGACGCUUUCUGUUGGCUGGAAUGUGCAGCCGUGGGUUGGAGCAUUGUGGUGGAGUCCUGGGUCUGGAACUGUGCCUCGGACUGAGGGCACUGUUGUGCAGAGCGAGGCUUUUGAUUUCCCGGAGUUGAAGGUAAAGAAGUCAGAAGCUGCACAGCAGCAAGAGGCACAGAGUGCUUAG